UAUUUAUGAUGGAGUAAUAUAAAAAAUUAACAGCUAGAAUUCGUGUGGAUUGGCACGUGCCAGCCAGUCAUAUUCAUUCUCCUUCAACGUAUCUCACCAGUCACCAUUGUCAACUCUGUUCUUCAUUACACACACAGACAAAAACAAACAAAUGCAUGAACCCAAAUCCCUUAUAUAAACCACUAAUCACCACCACACUCCGCCACACACUCAUAAUCCUUCAUAAAUUCACAAUGCCUUGUGAUCAAUCAACAAUGGCUUCUUCAAUUCAAAUCCUCUCCAAAACCACCGUCUUCCCCGCCACGAAAUCCACCCUCCCGGACCUCAAACUCUCCGUCUCCGACCUCCCGAUGCUCUCCUGCCACUACAUUCAGAAAGGCAACCUCUUCACUCGCCCUCCAAUCUCCAUUCCCGACCUUAUCUUUCUUCUCAAAUGCGGUCUUUCUCGUGUCCUCACCCAUUUCCCUCCUCUCGCCGGCCGUCUCACCACCGACUCCCAUGGCUACGUCUACAUCACCUGUAACGACGCCGGCGUUAAAUUCGUCCAUGCCAAUGCCUCUCAUUUAUCUGUCUCUGAUGUUACUUCUCCUGUUCAUGUUCCUGAUUGCGUCAAGGGGUUUUUCACCUUCGACAGAACGGUGAGCUACGACGGUCAUUUUAAGCCCAACUUGGCUGUUCAGGUGACUGAGCUUAAAGACGGUGUUUUCAUCGGGUUUUCCGUCAACCACGCUGUCGUUGAUGGCACUUCGUUGUGGAAUUUUAUCAAUACUUUCGCGGAGGUUUGCAGAGGAGCAAAACUUGUCUCGAAACCCCCGUCUUUCGUUCGUGACUCCGCCUUGAUUUCGUCUGCAUGUCUGAAACUCCCCGCCGGUGGUCCAAAAGUGACGUUUGACGAACACGCGCCGCUGAGUGAGAGGAUUUUUAGUUUCAGCAGGGAGUCAAUUUUGAAAUUGAAAAGCAGGACGAAUAAUCGGAAAAGGUUGAAUUUUUAUGGUGAUUGUGAAAUUAACGUCAAGCAAAUGAAAGAUCGAAUUAAAAUCUCCGACGACAGAGUAACAGCAUUGUUUGGCAAAUUGUUACGAAACGCAGUCGUUUUGAAGGAGGAAACGGUACCGGAGCCGGAGAUAUCUUCCUUCCAAUCGCUAUGCGCAUUGCUAUGGCGGGCAGUGACACGUGCACGGAAAUUCCCGAAUUCCAAAACGACAACGUUCCGAAUGGCGGUGAACUGCCGCCACAGACUGAAGCCGGAACUGGAAACGUUUUACUUCGGGAAUGCAAUUCAGAGCAUUCCGACAUACGCCACCGCCGGCGACGUAUUAUCGCAUGAUCUGAAAUGGUGCGCCGAGCAGCUGAACAAAAACGUGUUGUCCCACGACGACACGAUGGUCUGUCGUUUUGUGAAGAACUGGGAGAGCGACCCGCGGUGUUUUCCGUUGGGGAACUUCGACGGAGCAAUGCUGACAAUGGGGAGUUCGCCGAGGUUUCCGAUGUUCGAUAACGAUUUUGGGUGGGGGAAGCCGGUGGCAGUUCGGAGCGGAAGAGCUAAUAAGUUUGACGGUAAAAUUUCAGCGUUUCCGGGGAGGGAAGGCGGUGGUAGCGUUGAUCUUGAGGUGGUGCUGUCGCCGGAAACAAUGGCGGGUAUUGAGUCGGACCCCGAGUUCAUGCAAUAUGUUUCUGGUGGUUGUUGAUAAAUUUGUCAGUAUGUGAAGUACUGUUGUUGUACUUUUGUAAUUUAGUAAGUUCUAGUUGUGGAAAUCCUAAAUUUUAGAUUAAUUUUUAGCUUCCUUUUUGUAUUUCCGUACUAUUCAAGAUUUCACCAAUUUAAAUUCGUAAGAUUAUAUAACAA